GGCGGGGCCCGCGGGGCAUUGUGGGCCCCCCGCUCGCUCCGCCGCUCGCCAUGUCGGGCUCCCCGGUGAAGCGGCAGAGGAUGGAGAACGCGCUGGACCAGCUCAAGCAGUUCACCACAGUGGUGGCCGACACGGGCGACUUCCACGCCAUCGACGAGUACAAGCCCCAGGAUGCCACCACCAAUCCAUCCCUGAUCCUGGCCGCGGCACAGAUGCCCACCUACCAGGAGCUGGUGGAGGAGGCCAUUGCUUACGGCAGGAAGCUGGGCGGGUCACAAGAGGAACAGAUUACAAAUGCUAUUGAUAAACUUUUUGUGUUGUUUGGGGCAGAAAUACUGAAGAAAAUUCCAGGCCGCGUAUCCACGGAAGUGGACGCAAGGCUCUCCUUUGAUAAGGAUGCGAUGGUGGCCCGCGCCCGGCGCCUCAUCGAGCUAUACAAGGAGGCCGGGGUCAGCAAGGAGCGGAUCCUGAUAAAGCUGUCGUCCACCUGGGAAGGAAUUCAGGCUGGAAAGGAGCUGGAGGAGCAGCACGGCAUCCGGUGCAACAUGACGCUGCUCUUCUCCUUCGCCCAGGCCGUGGCCUGUGCUGAGGCCGGCGUGACGCUCAUCUCGCCCUUCGUGGGCCGCAUCCUCGAUUGGCACGUGGCCAACACAGACAAGAAGUCCUACGAGCCCCAGGAGGACCCUGGAGUGAAGAGCGUCACCAAAAUCUACAACUAUUACAAGAAGUUCGGCUACAAAACCAUCGUCAUGGGCGCCUCCUUCCGCAACACGGGAGAAAUCAAGGCCCUGGCCGGCUGUGACUUCCUCACCAUCUCACCCCAGCUCCUGGGGGAGCUGCUCAAGGACCACAGCAAGCUGACGCCCGUGCUCUCGGCCAAAGCAGCCCAGGCCAGCGACCUGGAGAAGAUCCAGCUGGACGAGAAGGCCUUCCGCUGGCUGCACAACGAGGACCGCAUGGCCGUGGAGAAGCUCUCUGACGGGAUCCGCAGGUUUGCUGCGGACGCUGUGAAGCUGGAGCGGAUGCUGAGGGUGAGCGUCGGGGCCACGGUUGGAACGGGCACGUGGGCAGGAGGGGCCUGCGGGCCCAGGGUGGUGGGCCUGGCCAAGGGCAGGGUUGGGGGCAGAGGGCAAGCCUGGUGGGUGCACCAGCUCACACCACUCAUCUCCAGGAACGGAUGUUCAGCGCAGAGAAUGGAAAAUAGCGCGGCACCUGAGGCUGGAGCACGGAUCUGUGCGUCUCUGCAUUGGGGCCUAAUUGCACAUGCUUUGUGAUGAAUCUUGGAUUUUUUUUUACUAAUUGGAGCGGGAACAAAUCAUAGAUUUCUGAUUUUAUGUAAAAUUCUGCUCAGCGCAUUAAAGCCCUUUCUUUUCUUU